AUGUCGGGUCGUCAACAGCGUGUGAUGGUGCAGCCCAUCAAUGUGAUCUUCAAAAACCUCCACAGCAAAGUUGUGAUCUGGCUGUACGACAACAUUGAGAUGCGUAUUGAGGGAGAAUCAUUGUGCGUGUUUGGAACAACAUCGUUGAACCCACCCUGCGUUAAACGUCGGAACCAAGGAGGCGUCGACCUCUUGUUGGCCUUGCGAUUCAGGACUGCUGCUGCACUCCUGGUCAACCACAUCCGUGUCCCUCCCGGUUUCGAUGAGUUCAUGAAUGUUGUCGUGGAUGAGGCCGCUGAAGUAUACGUCAAGGAUGCCAAGCCGCGACGUGACCUAGGCCGCAUAUUGCUCAAGGGGAUAACAUCACUCUAUUCAACAAGUGGUAUAGUGACACUUUGCGCAUGGAUCGACGCUGUAUCCAAAACACCCAACCGUAAGUUUCGAAUGGGUGCGGAGUCCGCCAGGGCGGCUGGGCCUGCAUACGGGAUGUAUGUAUAG